AUGACGCCUCUUCACAGCAAGACAGCAAAAGACAGCAGUGAUGCAGUGACCUAUGAUGAUGUGCAUGUGAACUUCACUCGGGAAGAGUGGGCUUUGCUGGAUCCUUCCCAGAAGAGUCUCUACAGGGAUGUGAUGCUGGAGACCUACAGGAACCUCACUGCCAUAGGCUACAAAUGUGAAGACCAUAACAUUAAAGAACAUUGUCAAAGUUCUAGAAGACAUGGAAGGUAA